AUGAAAAUCUACGGUUUACUCCUUACGCUAGUGAUCACAUCAUUAGCCAGAGCUUUCAAUUUAGGUUUGAUUGGUGACGACGGUAAGGAUUUAUUUCUCCAAUGCAUUACAUAUACAUGCCUCUUGACUUACAGUCAAUCGGAGGCGAGUGAAUUCACAUAUGAUUAUAGCCAACGAGCAGUGCUCCUUGAUGGAAAGAUAAUGACCCACAAUUAUUACUUCUUUCACACACUGGGCACAGAAAUUAUUUGGACGAUCUCUGGAGACGACAACGACAUUACCCUUAAGCCUGACGAACAGUUGUACCAGGACUACAGUUACCUGGCUAUAUGGGCAUAUGAUUGUCCCACCUGUAUUUCCAUUGACCGGUUCCAUGUCUACGGGGAUUUUCCAAUCCCAGAACCUAAUCCUUUGAUGGGUACCUUCAAGUUGGCCAUCAACGAUACUACAAAUGCUGGUCUGUCGUUGCGUUAUCUUGCUUUUUCCCCUUAUCCUGAUAGUUCACUUCUGCUUGAAUCGGCCACAUGGAGUUUUAAUCGGAUAGCUGCAAACUAUUUCUCAUUUGAACCACCUUUUGUGUUAUAUAAUGGACAGGAACUCGUUCAUACUUUGACAUAUAUCCUUCCCUAUUAUGGUGUGGAUAUUCCCUUUAUAAAAUUUACAUUCCAAAUCGAUUCGACAACUGGUAACAAAUUACUCACGCCUAACGUUCAAAUGUAUUUUAUGGAGUCUGGUGAUAUUUUUAUUUAUAAUGUCGGAGGAGUUUGUACCGCUUUUCCAAAUUUUAUUGUCGUAUACGAUGACCCUGAACCAGUUCAACCAGAACCAACUACUGAACCAGAACCAGUUCAACCAGAACCAACCACUGAACCAGAACCAGUUCAACCUGAACCAACUACUGAACCAGAACCAAUUCAACCAGAACCAACCACUGAACCAGAACCAGUUCAACCUGAACCAACCACUGAACCAGAACCAGUUCAACCAGAACCAACGACUGAACCAACUACUGAACCAGAACCAGUUCAGCCAGAACCAACCACUGAACCAGAACCAGUUCAACCAGAACCAACUACUGAACCAGAACCAGUUCAACCAGAACCAACGACNGAACCAACUACUGAACCAGAACCAGUUCAACCUGAACCAACUACUGAACCAGAACCAACUGAACCAGAACCAACUGAACCAGAACCAGAUGACCCUGUUGAUCCUGAUGACCCUGUUGAUCCUGAUGAUCCUAUUGAUCCUGUUGAUCCUGAUGGUCCUAUUGAUCCUGAUGAUGGUACCACGAAAGGAGCACCAGAAGCUAGCUCCCAACGUGUGACGGUCACCCGUCUAGGUACGGUUACUAGCACGGUUUGUGAAGCUCAUGGGUCAUGCUCAACUAGCACAAGUAUUUACACGACUAUUAUUGAAACGUAUUCGCCCGUCAUUGAAGAGGAUGGUAUUACAACUUCCACAAGGAUGGUCACUGAUUGUGAAGGUAGCAGUUGUGGUCAAUCUGGAGGUGAGUACUCCGCAGUGGUUUCAGAAUUGUUUGACGAGGCAGCAAAGCUGGUUGGAUCUACUUUACUUGUUUGUAUAAGUAUGCUUAUGUCAGCUUUGAUUUUUGUUUAA